GAUUACAAGGCUCACAUGGACGAGCUGGAGAUGUACAACCAAUCGGUUCAAGAAGCCAUUAUCUUUGAAAAUGAACACACCAAGUACACUAUGGAGACGAUCCGCGUUGGCUAUGAGCAGCUGGUGACGACAACAAGACGUCUCAUCAAUGAGUUAAAGAACCAGAUUUUGACCAGGGAUUCCAAGGGCAUUACAGAGGAGCAGUUCGAGAUUUUCAGGCAGUCUUUCAAUAAAUUUGACAAGAACCACUCUGGCAAGCUGGAUCCCAUGGAGUUCAAGUCCUGCCUGUUGUCCCUCAGUAUGGCCCCGCCCGAUGACAAGUCGGGACGAAACCCGGAGUUUGAUCGCAUCAUGCAGAGCGUUGAUCCCAACCAUGACGGCUACGUCACGUUUGAGGCCUUCUUGUAUUACAUGUCACGUGAGGCUACCGACACGGACACAUCAGAGCAGGUCAAGGGGUCAUUCAAAGUGCUCGCUGGCAAUAAGAACUACAUCACGAAAGAAGACUUGAUGCGGGAGCUUCCUCCAGACCAGGCUGAGUACUGCAUUGCAAGAAUGGCACCCUACCAAGGACCCGAUGCUAUCCCUGGUGCCCUAGAUUACCUGUCCUACUUAACAGCUUUGUAUGGCGAGAGUGAUCUGUGAGCAGGAUACCAACUAUCAUGUAGUCGAGCAGUUGAUUAUUUAGAUUAGUUAAGCAUACAAAAAACACAUUAAAAACAGAGAGAUAAAAAGGUGAAUUCAUGGUGUUUUUAGUUGGUAACCAACAAACUAGUCUUGUAGCAAAAGAGUGUAUAUUGGUUUUCUUAUUCAGAAUAUAUGCAUUGAUGAUAGCACCAAGCAAAUCUGUUCUUAAAUCUAGGUGAUUGUAGGUUUAGGCUUUCGUUGAACAGUUUAAGCGAAACCAAUAAAAACUUA